UAACCCGAGCCAGGAUUUCUCACAGUAUCCUUCGCUUCUUCCCUACAAUGGAAGCCGAAUUCAAAUCUCAAUUCUUGUACGAUACCCUAAGUCCUAUCACCGCCGCCGAUCCCGCCGCCGGCGAAUCCCCAUCAUGUAACAUUGAAUCCAAACCUUACGUUGUUUUCCGCAACGAAAUCUCUCUGUCUACCCCUUGCGCACCCUCGAACGAGAUAGAAGCUACUGAUUUUUUCUCUCUUGACGUCGCCGCUGAUGAUGAUGAUGAAGAAGAGGAUUUGGUCAUUACUCCUCUCCCUUCUGCUGUAAAUCACAAGUCGGCGAAGGACACGGUAGAAGAGAACACUCUUGAGGGGAACUGGUUUAGGGGGAAUUGUCGAUUCAAGAGUCCCAUGCUUCAACUUCACAAGGAGAUACUGGAUUUUUGUGAUUUCCUCUCACCAACCCAAGAAGAACAAGAACAAAGAAAAGCAUCAAUUGAUCGUGUAUUUGAAGUUAUCAAAUAUAUAUGGCCAAAUAGCAAGGGUGAGGUUUUUGGAUCUUUCAGGACAGGGUUAUACCUUCCAAGUAGUGACAUUGAUCUUGUGAUUUUGGAGUCAGAAAUCAAAACUCCAAGACUUGGCCUGCAAGCGCUUGCUAGAGCGCUUACUCAAAAAGGCAUUGCAAAGAAAAUACAGGUUAUUGCAAAAGCCCGAGUACCAAUUAUCAAAUUCAUAGAGAAGAAAAGUGGGAUUUCAUUUGAUCUAAGCUUUGAUUUGGAAAAUGGGCCUAAAGCAGCUGAUUUCAUAAAGGAAGCAGUAACUAAAUGGCCUCCACUACGACCGUUGUGUUUGAUCUUGAAAGUUUUUCUACAGCAAAGAGAGCUAAAUGAGGUCUACACGGGUGGAAUUGGUUCGUAUGCUCUCCUCGCAAUGCUCAUUGCAAUGCUGCGGAAUAUGAACCACCGACGAGCUUCUCCAGAACUAAACCUCGGAGUACUUUUGGUACACUUUUUUGAUUUUUAUGGACGCAAAUUGAACAUCUCCGAUGUUGGAGUAUCAUGCAAUGGAAAGGGCACAUUCUUUGUGAAGAGUAGCAAAGGGUUUUUAAUUGACGGGCGACCAUUCUCACUCUGCCUUGAGGAUCCACAGGCACCUGAAAAUGACAUAGGGAAGAGCUCAUUUAAUUAUUUCCAGGUUCGAUCAGCCUUUUCCAUGGCAUUCUCAACGCUUACAAAUGUGAAGACCAUUAUUGGUCUUGGCAGCAAUAGAAGCAUUCUUGGCACCAUAAUAAGACCUGACUCAGUUUUGUUGGAGAGGAAAGGAGGCUCGAACGGAUCUGUGACAUUUAAAGAGUUACUUCCAGGGGCUGGAGAGCCGUUGCAGGACCAAUAUGAUGACAAACAAGAUAUUUACUGUAACUGGAAUGUAGGUAAUGACGAUGAAAUCCCUCUCCCUAGGGGAAAUGGGCAUGUCACUACUCCAUUAAAAUCGCCUUCUUCGUCUGGUAAAAAGAGAGAGGCGUCAUCAAAGGUGAAGAAGAAGUCAAAGAAACUGAAACUGCAGAAAGAAGAGAAAAGUAGCAGAAAGGAAGAAGGAAGCAGCUCCAAGAAAGGGAAGGAUUCCGAGAAGAAACGGUGGAGGAAGUAUGGCAAACCUGGAAGUCAAGGUGGCAAAGGUGGUUCCGGCAGUCACCAUGGCUGGUAAUUUGUUAAAGAGAAAUAGCCUAAGUUUUUAUUGUAUUCUUGAAAUGAAUAUCUGAUUGAUCGAUAAAUAUAAUUUAUGCAAUUUUGAACCA